UGGAUAUCAGACGUGCAACACUUGCCUGGAUACAAUGCUGUUCAAGGUGCUGCUGCUCUCAUUGUUGCUCUGCUUGAGUGGCUGCGCGGCUAAGCCACACUUGCUGGCCGCCACGCCAGUUGGCUAUGCAACGCCAGCUGGCAGCUGGCUAGCUGCGACGGCAGCUGCAGUGCCAGUUGCUGCCACGCCCGCAGCCUACUAUCCGGCCUAUGCGUCGUAUGCGUACGCGCCUGUCUAUUAUGGCUCAUACGCCGCGUAUCCCGCCUACUAUCCAUACUUCAGACGCUGAGCCUGUUGCUGUUUGAUAUAUACUUGAUAUAUAUAAAUGAGCAGCGCUGUAUUGUCGAACGACAAAAUUGAUUACAUUUUGUCUGAGUGUGUGUGUGUGUGUGUGUGUCUGCCUGUGUGCGUGUGUGUGUGAGCGCGUGAAAAUCUCAUAUUUUACGCUGUUUUUGCGUUGAUUCGAUUUGGCGGCUGCUGUAAAUAAAAUAAAAACAGUUAUGAAAUCAACACACACACAUACACACAUACAUGCAUAC